AUGAACAACUCCGUCAAGUCACAUAAAGAAAUGAAAAACGAUGGGCAUAGGACAGAAAAGGAUGGCUAUGGGAACAGUCCACUUGGAUUGGAGACUCGUCAAUUCACCUACAUCGAACUUGAGAGAAUAACCAACAACUUCCGACGAGUGCUUGGCAAGGGAGGGUUUGGUAAUGUCUACGAAGGCUCACUAGAGGAUGGUACACAAGUAGCGGUGAAGAUUCGGUCAAAGUCCUCCAAUCAAGGUGACAAGGAAUUCCUCACGGAGGUUCAAAUUUUAACCCUCAUACAUCACAAGAAUCUUGUCUCCAUGAUUGGAUACUGCAAGGAUGGAGAGCACAUGGCACUUGUGUACGAGUUCAUGUCAGAGGGGACCCUAGAAGAGCACAUUUCAGGAAAAGGCAACAAUGCGGUAUGCUUAGCCUGGAGACAGAGACUCCGAAUUGCAGUUGAAUCCGCUCAAGGGCUGGAGUACCUACACAAGGGGUGCAAUCCACCUUUGGUUCACAGGGAUGUUAAGGCCACAAACAUCCUGCUGAAUGCCAAAUUAGAGGCUAAGAUUGCUGAUUUCGGCCUGUCCAAGGCUUUUCAUCACAAUGAUGACACACAUGUUUCCACAAACAGAAUCGUUGGUACACCAGGAUAUGUGGAUCCAGACUACCAGACAACAUGGCGGGCCACGAGCAAGAGUGACGUGUACAGCUUUGGCAUCGUGUUGCUUGUGCUUGUCACUGGGAAGCCACCCAUCUUGCGCACCCCACAUACCAUCAGCAUCAUCGAGUGGGUGCAACAACGGCUAGCACAGGGAAACAUCGAGGGUGUGGUGGAUGUGCGGAUCCAUGGUGAUCAUGACAUAAAUAGUAUGUGGAAAGCCGCUGUUAUUGCGCUGAAGUGCACCACUGAGGCAUUGGCAGAACGCCCCACCAUGACCGAUGUCGUUGCUCAACUUCAAGAGUGCCUCAAUCUAGAGGAGGAAUUGGCUGACGGUGGGUCUGACAGCGGCAUCUACAACGGCAUCAAUAGCGAUGACAUAAACUGGACAGAUGAUGCUUACUCUACAAACAAGUCUACAAACUCAAGUCAGAGAGAUGCACUUGAGACAGAGCAUAAUUUUGACAGGGUCCCAACAAUGGACACCGGACCUGCCGUGCGAUGA